AUGAACCAACAAAAAAAGCACGACCUAUUCGAAGAGAUCCAAAUCACUGGCAUUAAAUAUUUGAAGGCCAGGAAUUCGUGCAUAAGAAUCACUUGGCUUACCGUAAUUGCCAUCUUCUUGGGGUUGACGUUUUAUCAGAUUUUUGAGCAGGUUCACGAUUUCCUUGGCUACCCGAUGGUGACGAACAUCGAAGCCGAAUAUCCGCCCUAUAUCCACUUUCCAGCUAUUGCCAUUUGUCCAAAUAAUCAGUAUCGAAUCAGCUACCUAGCGUCUGAGGACAUUAUCAAACGCCCGCCAAAAGACAAUCGAACGAUUCUGGAAACUUGGGCGUUUUUUGAGGAGGUGUUGCACCGAACUUGGGACCUGAAAGCCGAGCCCUUUCUACGAAAGGCCAUUCCAGCUAUAAACACAACAAUUGCUUCCUGUGCUCUACCAGAUGGCUCAGAAUGCGACAUGAGUCAAUGGAAACAGAUCUGGACGAUCAACGGGCUGUGCUGGGCUUUUAAUUACGAUGCAAGUCGGCCGAUUGUUAUUGAUCAACCUGGUCCCAGUCAUGGUCUUCGUCUAAUUUUGAAUGCGGAAGUUUACGAGAGAACACUGACCUGUGGCGCUACCGUUUCGACGCCUCCUGAGGAUGGGUUUAAGAUCCUAAUCUACGAUCCGGCGGAGCAACCAAUUUCCACAGCUACUGGAGUCAGUGUAUCGCCUGGAGUGUCGGCGAAUCUGCCGUUUAGGAUAAAGCUGCGCCGAAAAAUGCCGGGCACCGGUUGCCGCCAAGAAUCCUUAAAGUCGAUCCUUGCUGCUGAUGACUAUUUUAACGAGAGCAAUUUACACACCUGCCCGGGUCGCCAAUAUCACAAGAAAUUCGAAAAGGAGUGUAACUGUACGAUUCGUACGCUUUACGAUUUGAAAGGAAAGUCAAAAUAUCCACCAUGUGAUAUUGAUCAGUACUUUACGUGCGUACAGUGGAUCCAGAAGAAUUUAAAGCCAAAAACGGACCUUCGGAAAGACAAGGAAUGUCUUCCGGUGUGUAAUUCAAUGGAGUUCAUUCCCCAGCAGGACCUCUCCGACCUUCCCAGAACGCUGCUACCAAAUCCCGGACCGUUUGGGGAGUCGCGAAAUAUUAAGAUAAAUGCGACAGUCAAACGAUUAAUUGGGAUGAAUCCGGAUGGAAGCCGGAUCUACGAAGAAACGCCAAUCGAUUGCGAGAAAUCAGACAUUAUUCGGGACGCCUAUCUCGACGAGCUAAGAAUUCGCCUUGACGAUAUCUUCGAAAAAAGAGCGCGCUAUGAGGACCAGGAUCGAAGGGAUUUCCAUGAUCUGGUAGCCGCUUGGGAGCACAUCGUCAACGUAUUAUUUAUUACCGGGUAUAUCGUGAAUCCGAUCGAUGCCGAGAAGGCGAAGACUGUUUCUCAAAUUCUAUUCAAAGAAAUGGGAAAAUUUCCAGCAUGUGAAGAAGCGUUUGAGGCGAUGUAUUCGAAUGAUACCCUGAUGGAAGCUUAUAAAUCCACAAAGCUACUUAUGACGAAGACGAGCUCUCGGGUACGCUGGGAGCCUAUUGCCGAUUUGGAUCUGGUGGUAUCCCAGAGCAUUGUAGCGUAUCGCACCGGUGCCACCUCGAAAAAAGAUUGGGCGACCGUCUUCCAGAUGUUUGGCUACAAAUAUACGUUCCAGGAGGAGUACCCGAGGGCCUGGAAAAAGCCGAUCGAGAAUCUGUUGCUCGAGACACAAACGGCGUUGAUAGCUGAAAAGGAGACUUUGGUAGAUGCGGUAAUGGAAACCAACGAAUGGAAAGACCCGCAAAAUCGUCAGAUGCUCUCAGAAUGUGUCGACCGUAUGAUAGCGCAUUUGCCGAACGAAAUUCUGACCUUUAAAAAUAAAUAUCAAAUACUAUCAAACUAUUUUCACAAAACAUUUUCCGACCAUCUCGAUAAAUAUUUGGAAAAAUUCGAAUUAAACCAGAAGUUUGCCAGAGAAAACCUGGCCGUCGUGAACAUCUACGUCCAAUCCAACACGAUCGAGACGUGGACCCAGAGCUGGCGGUAUAGCUUUUGGAGUUUGGCAUGUGAUAUUGGUGGUGCGCUUGGACUGUUCAUAGGAGCGUCCGUAGCCUCGAUCCUGGAGGUGAUCUACGUCCUCGGGCAGCAUAUAAAGCGGGCCAAGUUGCGACACAAAAAGAAGAACGUGCAGCAACCGGAGCACCCCGUCUCCCAGCCGUCUCCGGGAGAUACAGAAGCCACUAAAAACUUGAAUAUCAGGGAUAAAGUG